GAAUCAUUGGAACAAUGGAAGACCAGCAAAGAUGAGCAGCAGUUAAGAACCAUAGUGGCAAACUUCUAUUCGCUCAUUCGUCACGGCUUAUUAUACGUCGAAGAAGGCAUAGAAGAACAACAAACUUGGAUUGGUAAAUUACCCUCUGUCGCAUACAAGACUACAUUCAAAACUCAAUAUCAAAAAUGCAUAAUCACCAUCUUAUCCUACCCAUUAUUGCCUAGUCAAUACAAGGCAAUCUUGCUUAUAUUACACAAGCGAAUUAUUCCGUACAUGUCGCAACCACAGGGUCUUAUGGAUUUCUUGACUGACUCGUACGAUGUUGGUGAUGAUGCUAUUGUGCCUAUUCUAGCCUUGAAUUCCUUGUAUGAAUUAAUGAAAAAGUAUAACCUUGAAUAUCCAGACUUUUAUACCAAGUUGUACUCGUUAUUGACGCCAGAAUUGCUCUACACCAGAUACAGAUCGAGAUUCUUCCGAUUGUGUGACCUUUUCCUUUCAUCCACCCACUUGUCUGCCAACUUAGUAGCGUCAUUCAUUAAGAAAUUGGCGAGGUUGUCCGUAGCAGCAAGUGCGUCUGGUGUUGUCAUUAUCAUUCCUUUCAUUUACAAUUUGUUAAAGAGACACCCCACAUGUAUGAUCAUGUUGCACAACCCGGAUAAAGCCAAAUCUGGUGAUUAUGUGGAUCCAUUUGAUAACAAUGAAAAGAAUCCUAUGAACACGCGAGCCAUUGGAUCUUCUUUGUGGGAAUUAGAGACAUUGAUGACCCACUACCACCCAAACAUUGCUACUUUGGCCAAGAUCUUUGGUGAGCCGUUCAGAAAACACAGUUAUAACAUGGAAGAUUUCUUGGACUGGAGUUAUAUCAGUCUUUUAGAGAGUGAAAGUACGAGAAGAUACAAGACUCUUGCUGCGUUAGAGUUUGAAGAGUUUGAUAUGUUAUUUGACGAAGCUGACAAGUCUGAAGAGACCAACAAGAGAGUAUUGCUUGAAGGUUGGACUGUAUAA